UACAAUCAUAUCGUUCAGUUAAUUGUGUGCUUUAAAAAGGGAAAUGGGUACGUGUUUUCUUGUUUUCAUCUAGAUGUGGGUAAUCUGACAAAGAGACAAGCAACCAAAAACAAGUCUUAAUGCUGUCUUUCUUUGUUUCUUUGAUUUGUUCUGUUUCUCCAAUGUGCUCAAUUACAAACUCUUUCUGCUCCAGCGAGGUAAGUGCAGGCUGUAGAUCAGACUACAAUACACACAGCGGAGAAACAAUACAAAACAAAUCAACAGAGGAAAAAAGAAGUAAGACUUGUCCUUUGCUUUUGGUUUCUCGUUUAUUAUAGAUUAUCCAUUUCAAGAUGGAAACAUAAUAAACAGGUAUUUCUCAUUCUAAAGCCUACAAAGCCUGCACCUUGUACCAUAUGUUGCAUUAGGAAAUCACAGCAUUAAACUUUAAAUAAUAAUAGUAAUAUGUGCUGACCUAAAGUGUUCAGCCAGUAACAGAACGCAAACAUGCAAUUUUCUCUAUGUACCUGUCAGCUUAACCAGACCAUUAAUGCACAUGUCUGCCUAUAGGGAGUGCAGCUAGAUGCUGUGGUUGCUUUUAUUCAACAGAUUAAAAAGCAUUGUGAGAAGUGAGCACUUUUUAAUAUAAUUAUAUAAGAUAUGACGAGGCUUGUUGUUGCUUCAACUGCCUUGUUUUCUGUUGAAAUAUACAAAUGUGUGCGAUCUUUGUAUUAGAGUGAUUUUCUAGACGGUUAAUGUGACUUUGCAUUCGUGAAAUUUAGGUGAAGUAGCUGUUAGAGGCAUUGAAACCAAACCGACUCUUUGGAGGACUGGUUUGACAUAACAAUAUGCCAGUUUUAUAAACAUGUAGCUUUACUAUAAGAGCAUAAUAGACGCCCUUGCACCAUGUUAUCAGUUCUAACACUUCUGGCUUGAUUUUUUUUUUUCAUUUAUUUACGUUAGAAAUGAUAUGUCAACCUGCAUGUGAUAUAGUAUUCAGUUAAAUGUUGCUUUGUUUAACUUUAACUUAGCCUAUUAACCUCCUUAACCAAUAAUUGGUGAGAUAAUUAGGCAAACCAGUUUGCCCAGCAUGCAAGCUCCCUUUUUUCUUAGCUAAUAUUUGGCAAACGGUUGCUCGGCUUGGUCUGUUUAAAGGAGACGUGUGUGUCCUCAAAGACUGGAGCUACUGUGAACAAAAAUAGGUUAAAUGUUUAGAUCACAUGGACCACCAUAUCUGAUGAUAGUCUGUGACCAAAACUGUGCAAAUACAUAAAACUCACCAUUUUAUUAUUUGAGUUUUACUGGUGUUAUGUAAAGAAAAGAACAGUAUAGUUCACUGUUUGUGUGUUUAUUUUGAAUGUGUUCCAGGACAUGGUAAGUGUGACCUAAAAUUUAUAGACAUGACAAUCUAGUGUUACCUGCAGGGAAUAUUCAGGGAAAAACUGUACUGUGUGCUUGUAGAAUUGUUUCAUCCUGCUGUAAACAUUUUGGCAAAGAGGCAUAUGCCGUAUUUGGACACAGUCCACUGUGUUGCAAUGUUGAACAUGCAUUGUAGGCUAGCAAGUGUUUCAUUGGAAGAAGGAUUUUUCUUUUUCUGCAAGGCCCAGAACUUUAGGCUUCCUUUUAGUGUCUCUGUAGAUUAAAUCCACAUUUGCUGUUUUGCUUUUUCAUGGUUUUCACUGAUUCAAUGUUGCAUAAUGUUGCUUUGCUUUCCUGCCCUGAAAGAAAAGCACAGUGGCCACACUUGACUACAGCAAAGAGAUCUUGAGGCGGACCACAUUUCUUAAUGCUUUGACAAAUUUAAAUGGAAAGAAACCACGAGCAAAAUGAAGAUUGAGCCAACUUGUUUUAAAGAAAAAAAACCUCGCUGUGCACACCGACAGUAAUUUGCACCUUGCUCCUACCCUUCGUUUGGAGCCCAGCGCAUUCUCCGUCGCCAACACCACCAGAGGGACCCAUUUCAUAUUUGGACCUGUGGCUGGUGCUGCUGCAGUAACAGCUCUCCGAUUGGCUCAGAUUGAGACUCAGGCACAGAUUGCUCUUCAGCAGCUUGCAGCUCUAGCGACAAUAACUGUUGGCAGCCAGUGUCACAACAACGGAUUUGCAGCCACAUUACCUCCUCACCUGGCUCUCCUGAAUCUUCUCAAUAGACAACAGGUGUCAGCUGUUGGAUUUAACUUGGACACAAACAGCAAAACUUACACAAACACACAACAGAGUCUUUGUGCUGCCAUGUACCACCACCACUCCCAGCAACAAGGGCCACAGCCCUUCUCUAAUGGGCCCAGGCCUCCACAUCAUCAGCCACCUCCAAAUCAACAUCAGAAUCGCUCUCCCUCAAAUAUGCUGUCGCAGGCGAUGGGUUUCCAGUUUCCUCGUCCCACCCAGCUCCCUGAUGAGCUAGAGUCCGCCCUGGCUAUCCGGGGUGGUAGGGACAUUGAUCACCGCCUCAUUGACCACAUGAACCGACCGAACCAACACCAGAACCAAGGCUCAGGUUCUGGGAUCAGUCAACAUGGAAACUAUGGCCCACACUCCUCUGACAAUCAGCCUGGCCACCAGCAAGGAGUAGAUUGGUCCAACUACCAACCUCCAACUAAACUGUUUGCUAGUCCUCCACCCAGUGCUAGCCACCAGUCUCAACGACACCAAGGGCCUCAAAAGCAGCCACAGAGCAGUCAUGCUGGAACAAGCUGGAAUGCCCCUGUAAGUGACUCACCAUCACCCCAAGCCCGGCACCCCCACGGGGGCGGAGGUGGCAGCAGUGGGGAUGGUCAGGCUUUGUACACACCAGAGAGUGCAGGAAGCAUCUUGGCUAGUUUUGGACUUUCAAAUGAGGACUUAGAAGUGCUGAGUCACUACCCCGAUGAUCAGCUAACCCCAGAUACUUUGCCAUUCAUACUCCGUGACAUCCAGAUCAACAAGUCUGGCAACCCAAAAACUGUGGGUUCCACUUCCUCAUCCUCAUUUCCACGCUCUUCGCCAUUGGCCCGUUCACACUCGCCAGAAGUGCCCAGCCUUCUUACUGUUACACAGACAGCGGGUAAAGUCAUUGACUAUGGCCACGCCAGUCGGGCAAAGGAUGAGAGCAAUAGUACCAGAGAGACUUUCAAAAGAGAGCCGCUCCCCAGUGAAAGGACAGUUAAAAUGUAUCCAUCCUCGUCGUCCUCAUCAGCUCCAAAAGUAGAGAAAACUGAAAGGCGGCAGGUUCGUUUGGAACACAGUGAAUCAGGCAAGCAUGGAGACCGGGACUAUCGCAGGUCAAAUAGUGAUCAUCGCAGGAGCAGUCGGUCACCUGGGAGAGAAUUUCCACCAGCAUCGAAAUCUCGUAAUCUGGACCGAGACUACAGGCGUGAGGGACCCAAACCUAGGCCCCCAUCUGAAACCGGGAGCGAAUCUUCUUCGAGGCGGUCUCUCUCUUCUUCGUCUGGCUCAAAACCAUACGGCAGCAACAAGAAGUUACCUACGCCCACCAUGAUAAGUGAUUUCUCAGCUGUGUCUCCAAAGGUGUAUCCCCAUACCUGCUCCCUGUGCCACACACAGUGUGAUGAGGAAAAGGACUGGGUUGACCAUAUAAACACCGUCAACCACACAGCUGCCUGCAGAGACCUGCGCAACAAGUACCCUCACUGGAAACCAGAUCUACCAAGUCGCAGUGGAAGAUACGGCAGCCGGGCUCUGUGGGAUCCCAGGGAUCAGUCUCCACCUCACACUGUGUCUCGAUCCCUCUCUUCUUCUCCUCCCCCGAGUCCUUCUCACGGCAGACACAGGGUGGGCCCCCAUUCCCGUAGGCCCCCCAUUCCCGUAGGCCGCGCUCUUCACCAUCAACCUCGCCACCAAUACUACACAGGGGGUGCCUCUCGUAGCGGUUUGAAGCGUCCACAUGAUGAUUCAACCAAGUUCUCCCAUGACACCAGCCGACAUCCAUCCUUCUCUAAGGCAGGUCAUGGCACCAGACAUGGUCCUUUGCAGUCCUCCACCAAAACUUUCAAGAGCGGGACGAAGCCUGGGACCAAGACGACUAAGAUGGCAAGUGCCAAGGCUGCUGACACAUCUGCCAAGCCUCCACCAGCCAAGAAGAAGAAGAAGGUGGUGACCCCAGCCUCCCAGGUCUGGUCCGUUGCAGAGCGUCUGGUAUAUCUGACAGGCAUCCCAAAAGAUGCGUCAGAGCAGGAAGUUACCGACUUGGUGGGGUCCUUUGGCAAGAUCAAUAAUGUGAUCCUCAUGCCAUGCUCCGAGGAAGAGAGCGAGAAGUGCGAAGGGCAAAAGGCAUCUGUAUGCAUGUUGAGGGCUGAAGACGCCCAGGCUCUGGCUAACUCCACCAAUCUCUCCAUCAAAGACCAACAAAUCACUGCUUCAGUAGCCAAGAAACCUGAAGCAGGGCAGUCUUCUGAUGCUAACAACAGCAAACCUGCUCCAGGAGCAGACAAAGAUGCUGCUGGGGAAGACUUGGGAGGUGAGGCUGACCAGAAGACUUCUGAUGAGAAGGGCACGGUGUUGAUCGCAGGACUUCCUGAGAGCGACUGGUCAGAGAGUGAUAUCAUCAAGCUGGUGCAGCCCUUUGGGACUCCCUCUGACAUCAUCCUGGCAACACAAAACGGAAAGGCACUUGUGUCAGUGCCAGACACGGAGAUUGCUCAAGAGAUGGUGAAAGUCCACUCCUUCAUGCCCAUGAAGAUGAGCGACUCUGAGCUGAAGCUGGUCCACGUCAAACAGCGCGUCGGUCUCAGCACACCGGUGGCUCUCUACAAUCUUCUGAUGGGAUCAGCCGAACCACUGGAGAAUGCUGUUCCAGUAGGCUGGAGCUGCCUGUUGGUGAUCAAUAAUGUUCCCAACACACCGUCUGCCUCCUCUGAGGUCCAAAAAUUGGUGCGGCGCUUUGGUACCGUCAUCAAGACCCUCGUGCUCAACAACAUGGUGAUCUGUGAGAUGGCGACUGCAGCUAUGGCCUUGUCUGUCUACAAACGCUUCCAGACUUUUCCGUGCAUCAUCCAGAACAACCCUCUGUUCUUCUCCCGCAAGCCUGACCCCAAAGCCAACACACAGACCAAAGUCAUCGCUGCAUAUCUUGAUUCAUCUGAGGACGCACCUGCAAAUGGCAAAGGCAGCCAAGCAGCAGCUGCAGACGAAGAGGAGACAGCACAUAAAGAGAAUUCCGAACCUCCAUUGGAGGGGAUUGAAAAAGACGGUGAUGAGAAGGAGGAGAAGAGCCCAGAGAGGACAGUUGGUGAAAACAAAGCUUUGGGAGAAGACCAGAGCAAAGAGGAAGAAAUUCAAAAAGACGAGCUCACUCAUGCUCCUUCUGACACUUUGGCCGCACCGGAUGCCAAACUAGAAGCAGAUCCGGAGACAGACAUGAAAGAAAAAUCAGAUGUUGAAACUGAAAUGGAGACGGCAGAGGAGAACAAAGCGCCCACAGGAGGAAAUGAUGAGACUCCUGCCGGUGAAGAAACAAAGCCAUCUUGCUCUGAUGGUGAAACAGCCUCCCAGGAGAUGGUCAUGCCGGCACUCCCUAAGGUUACUCAAGAGAUGGUCAACGCGCUGCUUGUGGAGUGCCGAACAAGAACCGCCAGCAAUUCCAACACCGCAGCAGCGUCCACCAAUGGAGACCAGGGGAAAACACAAGUGGAGACAGAGCAGGGUGAAAAGACAGCAGAGGAAAAAAAGGAGCCAGUCAAGAACCACAAAGAGGUGGAGGUGAAGAAGCAGGAGAGGGAGCGAAAAGAGAGGGAGGCAAGAAAAGAGAAGGAGACAAGGGAGAAAGAGCGGAAGGAGAGGGAGAGGGAGCGGAGGGCCUGGGAGAAGGAGGAGAGGACCAGGCGUGACAGGGAGCGAGAUGAAAGAAACAGGAGGGACAGGGAGAAGAGAGAGGAGGAGAGGAGGGAAAGAGAGAGGAGGGACAGGAAGAGAGCACACCGCGAGGGUUCAUCAGGGUCACGGUCGUCCUUCAGGUCGGAUGGACACAGACACAGCUCCUGGAGGGAUGAGCAUUCUAACAACUCAGAAGCGGAGAACAAAAUGGCGGAGGGGGAGGAGGAGUGUGAUGACUUCCCGUUCAACAUGAGUGACUUUGUGACGGUAGAUGAAGUUGGAGAUGUGAACGACAUUCCUUCCCCUGCUGCUCCCUCUGUUCCCAUGGAAACCACAGAGGAAGUGGAGGACGCUCCCUCAUCUGUCCAACAGGACACUCCAGAGGAGACGCCCAUGGAGGUUACCGCGGAAACAACAUCAGACACCACAGCAACCCUGGUGCAGGCAGAUGAGCACUUUUCAGAGUCUGAAGCUGACAAUGUGCUGACGGCUGAGACUGCAGAUGAUGCUAUGUCAUCAGAUUUAUCAUCCGGUCCCAUCAUCAUUGCUGUAGCAUCCCUCUCACAGGAUUUACAGGCCGACGCCAGCCAAACAUACAUGCCAACAUAUCAAGCACCUGAGACUGAGAUCGCACCUGAGACUGAGAUCACACCUGAGACAGAUACAGUGUCACCUGAGACAGAAGCCACGCCGACAGCCAUUGUGGACUCCACCACUGAGGAUGAACCCCUGCCCGCAGCUGUCCCAGCUGACUCCUCCUCAAACAGCACAGCACCAGGAGCAGUGACUUCAGAGAGCGAGAAGGAUGAGACAGAGGACAGUGCUCUCAAUCACGAUCAGGCUAAGAAGGAGGAGAUGGUGCCAGACAAAACAGAGGAGCAGGAGAAGAUGCAGGAUGAAGAGGACAAAGAGACGGCAGCUCCUGCUGUGCAGACAGGAAACCCUGAGAGGCCUGAGGAUCAAACAAACACCAAAGAGGAGUGUGUGAGCAAAGAAUCCUCUCUUCCUCCUUUUGACCCCAGCCACCCAGUUGGUAUGGAGUACUUGGUCCCAAAGACAGGUUUCUUCUGCAAGGUGUGUAACAGGUUCUUUACGGGAGCCAAAGAGGCAGAGAUCAACCACUGCAAAACCCUCAAACACUACGAGAACCUGCAGAAAUACUUGCAGACAACAAAGACGGCGAACAUCACUGCUAAGCCCGACUCCACCUGAAUGCGGUUAUGAAAAUCCAGACUGAAUUCACCAUUCCCCUCCUUUUGUAUUGUCUCUUCAUUUCUCACACAGGGUCCAGAUUCUCACACUGAUGUAGAUUAGUGUCAUGUCCCGCCUCAGUUUGAAUAUGUGUUGUAGAUUUUUCAUGUGCAAUUAAUUAAGAGAAAUGAGUUUGUGUACAGUGGAAGGUGGCUGUCGGUAAGAAGUGUGCACAAUCAAUAAAAUGUUUGUACUAAA